CCAAGGCUUAGUCCCAGCCUUAAUGUUUUAACCGCUGCAGUUCUUUUAGCUACAUGGGACAGAACAGGACAGGGGAUGUGCCACGUGCCUCUCCUUCACCACGGCUACAGUAAUAACCACACCCAGCCUCUUUUCGCCAUCCCCACAUCUGAGAGUCACACUAUACAAAAAGUUUUAAAAGCUUUUGAAAAAGCAUGUUCGACGCUGCCCCUUUUAUUUCGAAGAGAAAGCAGCCAAUCAGCAGCAGCUACUGCUAGCAAAAAGGCUCCAUCAAACAGCGGACAGUGAAUAGCAAUCUCUUCUCUCUUCCCCUGUCCUGCAGCACAGCCUGGACAAAGAAAAGAGGGACGGACUCCCCAACCAGGAAGGCCCGUUGAACGAACACACACAUACGCCCCUCGCGACGUCUCAGCCUUUAAGUCAACCUUUCCCAACCAGGUGUCCUCCAGAUAUUUUGGAUUAGAACUCCCAUCAGCCCCAAGCAUGGCCAAUGAUCGGGAAGGAUGGGAGUUGUUCAAAACAGUUGGCGGGCACCAGCUUGGGGGAGGCAGCAAGAAAGGAAGAGAAAGCCGUGACUGCUCCUCUUUCUUACUGACCGUCUCUAGACCCUAAGAAGGGAAGAACUAUGCCCAAGAUGUUAUGCAGAGAAGUAGCCACCUCUGCCUGCAUGCUUACUCACACACCCUCUCCCUCCCUGGGUGGUGCAGCAUAGAGAGCUGUUGCUAGAAGGUUCUGUCCGUUCAUCUUCUGACUUGCUCACCUGCGUUCUUCUCCGAUAGGAUUCAUCCCAGUGAACAAAUCCUCCCUGCUACGUCUUCCAGAAAUAGAGUGUGAGGGAGCAGAUUCAUUGGGCCCCCAUCACCAAGUCACCUAAAGAUAAACUGCAGGUGAGGGGGGAGUAUCCUGUUCACUGUCUGCGUCUGGCUGAAGGGCUUCAGCUGUGUCUGGGGUGCUCUACAGCUGAAGAGGAGAAGGAGCUGGGUUCUCAGGAGUUUCCUCCGUUUCUCCUUCUGGGUCUGCUGCUUCUGGGUCUGCUGCUGUUACUCCCGAGUCAUCCUCAUCUGAUGAGUCCUCUGACGGGGCCAUGACACACACACAGGUAAAGAUGGCACAGGUUAAGCAAGUGGGCUUAUUAGCUGCUGGGUGUCAGCCAUGGAAUAAAGAUGUAUGUGCUGCUAGUGGGGAUAGAUUUGCUUAUUGUGCAACUCUUGCUAUUUAUAUAUAUCAGUUGGAUCAUCGGUAUAAUGAAUUCAAGUUAUGGGCAAUUAUGUCUGAGCAUAAGAAGACCAUCACAGCCAUUUCCUGGUGUCCCCAUAACCAUGAUCUGUUUGCAAGUGCAAGUGCAGAUAAUUUAGUAAUAAUUUGGAAUGUGGCGGAACAAAAAGUUGCUGGAAAACUUGACAGUACAAAAGGUAUUCCUGCAUCUCUUAGUUGGUGCUGGAAUGUAGGUGAUGCUGUGGCAUUCGUUUCCCAUAGAGGUCCAUUGUAUAUUUGGACAAUUUCAGGACCAGACAGUGGUGUGACAGUACAUAAAGAAGCUCAUAGUUUUUUGUCAGAUAUUUGCCUGUUUAGAUGGCAUCCCAAGAAGAAGGGGAAAGUAGUAUUUGGACACACUGAUGGAAGUCUUUCUAUUUUUCAGCCAGGUUCUAAGAGUCAAAAGCAUGUUCUAAGGCCAGAAUCGCUUGAAGGUACAGAUGAAGAAGAUCCUGUUACUGCCCUGGAAUGGGACCCUCUGUCAACAGAUUAUCUUCUUGUUGCAAAUUUGCAUAAUGGAAUCCGUCUGGUUGAUUCAGAGUCUCUCUCCUGUAUUACAGUAUUUAGUUUUCCUAGUGCAGCUGCAUCUGUGCAGUGCUUAGCUUGGGUCCCUAGUGCUCCUGGAAUGUUUAUCACUGGAGAUUCCCAAGUUGGUGUGCUACGUGUUUGGAAUGUGUCACGUACGACACCAAUAGAUAAUUUUAAACUGAAGAAAACAGGUUUCCAUGGUUUACAUGUUCUUAGUUCUCCUCCAAAGAAAAAAUCAUUUUCUUCACAGUCUCCUACCAAAAAUCAUCACAUGUCAUCUACAAGUGAGGCUGUUCCGCCUCCAACUCUAACACAAAACCAAGCAUUUUCUCUCCCCCCUGGGCAUGCUGUCUGCUGUUUUAUGGAUGGUGGAGUGGGACUUUAUGACACGGGGGCCAAGAAAUGGGAUUUCCUUAGGGAUCUGGGUCAUGUUGAAACCAUCUUUGAUUGUAAAUUCAAACCUGAUAAUCCUGACCUUCUAGCUACAGCAUCCUUUGAUGGAACAAUAAAGGUGUGGGAUAUAAAUACUUUAACAGCUGUCUACACUUCUCCUGGUAAUGAGGGGGUCAUAUAUUCCCUUUCAUGGGCUCCAGGAGACUUGAACUGCAUAGCUGGUGCAACGUCAAGAAAUGGUGGCUUCAUCUGGGAUGUCCCACGGGGCAAAAUGAUAACCCGUUUUAAUGAGCAUGGAAAGAAUGGAAUCUUCUGCAUUGCAUGGAGUCAUAAAGAUUCCAAAAGGAUAGCAACCUGCAGUGGUGAUGGAUUCUGCAUUAUUCGGACCAUUGAUGGCAAAAUUCUCCACAAGUACAAACAUCCACUUGCAGUUUUUGGCUGUGACUGGAGUCAAAACAACAACUUAAAGCAGAACAGUAAUGACUGGCUGCUGCUAAAUCAUCCAUGCCUGGAAGCACCCUCUGAGCUCUGGGGGAAAAAACUGAAGCUGAAUAGGGAAAACAUGAGAGGGGAUUAUUUGGUUUACAACAUCAUACAAAGACGCCAUAAAAAAGAUAUGAUAGCCACUGGAUGUGAAGAUAAAAAUGUCCGUGUCUAUUACCUAGCAACUAGCUCUGAUCAGCCACUAAAAGUAUUCAGUGGGCAUACUGCAAAAGUGUUUCAUGUAAGAUGGUCUCCUCUGAGGGAAGGAAUCCUCUGCAGUGGUUCUGAUGAUGGCACUGUUCGAAUAUGGGAUUAUACACAAGAUGCUUGUAUAAAUGUUCUUAAUGGACAUACAGCACCAGUACGGGGAUUGCUGUGGAAUACAGAAAUACCUUACUUACUGAUAUCAGGCAGCUGGGAUUAUACAAUUAAAGUAUGGGAUACAAGAGAUGGAACCUGUCUGGAUACAGUGUAUGAUCAUGGUGCAGAUGUCUACGGAUUAACAUGUCAUCCUAGUCGUCCCUUCACUAUGGCCUCUUGUUCUCGAGAUUCUACUGUGAGACUUUGGUCUUUAACACCUCUAAUAAAUCCCCUCCAAAUAAAUAUCUUGGCAGAUAGAUCAUGGGAUGAGAUUAUCGGAAACACUGAUCGUGCUGUUGAAGUAGGUGCUUCUCCCUUGCUAUGUGGCAAAGUGUCCAGGGAUAUUAAACAAGAAGUAGACAAAUUGACUGGCAAUCUUCGAGGGAGAAAACUGAGGUGGUUUUCAGAAUGUUUUUCACCCCCAGGAGGCAGUAAAAACUUAUGGGAUCUUGUUGCUGUAAUAAAAGGCCAAGACGAUAGCUUGCUUCCACAGAAUUAUUGCAAAGGAAUUAUGCACAUGAAGCAUCUGGUGAGAUUUAGAAUGUCCAAAGCCCAAGAACUUACAACUGUAAAGAUGUCUAAGUUUGGAGGUGGAAUUGGUGCACCUAGCAAGGAAGAAAGGCUAAAAGAAGCAGCAGAGAUACAUCUAAGACUAGGGCAAAUUCAGAGAUAUUGUGAACUUAUGGUGGAACUUGGACAGUGGGAUAAAGCUCUCUCAGUUGCACCAGGGGUAUCUAUGAAAUACUGGAAGAAGUUAAUGCAAAGGAGAGCUGACCAGUUAAUUCAGGAAGAAAAUGAUGAUGUUAUUCCGUACUGUAUAGCAACUGGUGACGUGAAGAAACUUGUCACAUUUUUUACUUUGAGAGGCCAACUUAAAGAAGCUUUGCUUGUUGCACAGGCAGCUUGUGAAGGAAAUAUGCAAACAUUCCUCUGUUCAGCAUCAAAUGGAUCAGCAAAUUUUGAAGGAAACAGCAUGGAAGAUUACAAUGAGCUUCUACAUAAAGUCAGUAAAGAACUGGCUGAGUGGUAUUUUCAGGACGGCUACGCAGUGCUGGCUGCUUGUUGCUAUUUAGCUGUUGAGAAUAUUGAGCUUGCCAUGGCAAACCUGAUUCGUGGAAAUGAACUGGAGUUGGCAGUCAGUGUGGGUACUGUCUUAGGAGAAUGUGCAGCGCAAGCAACUCACUAUGCACUAGAGUUACUAGCAAGAAAAUGUAUGACUGUAACAACAUGGGAUUUAGCAGCAGAUCUUCUUAUGAUGAUCCCCAAUAAUGAACUACAAUUAGUAAAGCUUUGUGCUUUCUAUCCUGGAUGUACAGCAGAGAUAAAUGACCUACAUGAAAAGUGCAACCUACCAGAUGUAGAAGAAUGUAUGCAUUUAGCAGACGUAGCUCAGACAGAAGGAAAUAUAUUUGGGUCAAUAAAGUAUUAUCUGUUAACUAUAGAACCAGAAAAAGCACUUCCUAUAGGCAUUCAUUAUGUGAAAGAACAAAUAAGUAGCUCAGAUUGGACCUUGGACUCACUCUGUCCAUUUCUUGAUCUUCUAAGUUACAUCCGUACAGAAAAGUUGCUGCUUCAUAAAUGUAGUGAAUUUAGAAAUGAAUUGUUAAUACUGUGUGGUUACAUUGGUGCAUUACUGGCUAUUAGAAGACAGUACACUAGCAUUGUGCCAGCACUUUAUGAAUAUACAAGCCAGCUUUUAAAAAGACGAGAGGUGUGUGUACCCCUGAAAAUUGAACAACUCUCUGAGGAACUAGAUGCUUGGAGAGCUUGUACUCAAUCACUAAACAAAUCUUCUGAUGAAUUACCAUAUACACCCCCAUCUGAAAUGCAGCAAGAGAUUUAUGCAACACUGGUAUCUCGCAUAAAAGAAGAACCUCUGAAAGUAACAAUUGGACCAGAUUAUGUUACAGGAUCUAACCUUCCUAGCCACUCAGAUGUUCAUAUCUCUUGCUUGACAGGAUUAAGAAUACAGGGUCCAGUGUUUUUCCUUGAAGAUGGAAAGUCAACAAUUUCACUCAAUGAUGCAUUAAUGUGGGCAAAAGUGAAUCCUUUCUCUCCAUUGGGUACAGGGAUACGGCUCAACCCAUUCUAACAAAAGAACAUACAUUCUUCUCGCUGUUACUAUAAUUGAGCAACUAAUAUGCUGGUUGCUAUUUUAUCUUUAUUAGCUGAAGGAUUUGAGCUUGAAGAAAAGUUUUAUGAAAUUUGCAAAUUGUAAAUUUAUUUUUUAUAUUGAAGUGUCAUGCAUAUCACUGAGGUUUAAAAUGUUUCUGUGGACGAACUUGUAAAGCAUGUAAAGAAGUAUCUGCACCUUUUUAAGCGGCAAGAAUACCAGAAACUGUGAAGCUCAUAACUUCAGACACAUUCAUGCAUAUGUUCUUGAUGCCUCUUUGAACAUUCGCUGUAGCUGCUUUUAGAACUACUGACCUCUGAUGGGGAGUACAUGCUUCAUAUUUUAAAUAAAGUUUGUAUAUUUGUAUCAUCUUGAUGGAAAUUAAGGACACAACCUCCUGAAUGCUGUUUGUGGUGCAAGUUCCUUUGAAACAAAUGGAGCUUAUGCAGCUGUUGUAUAGGAUGCAUUGUGUUCAGAUAAUCUAAUAAAUGAUUCAUCAGUGUAAAUUAAAUGGUUGUAUAGUAAACACAGAUUAUUGUUUAGCAAGUAUUUUGGAAUACUUAGUUUUACACUUCUAUUGGCAUAAGAUUUUUCUUAUAUUUUGAAUAUUUAGAUUUACAUUUAACAUUUUUCUUUUAAAUAAGCAAGCAUAUUUCUAAAAUUUAUUUUCCAACAAAAACUUGU